UGCUUUCCGCCUUUGCUUAAUCCUCGCGAGAUUACAUAUCAGCAAGGCUGAGAAAAUGGAAGGCUGUGCUAGUUAGCUAGCUAGCUAGCUAGCUAGCUGAGCGAAUCCAUUAGUAACUGGAAACUAAUAAUUUGUAUCCAAGGUGCAACAAGAGACCAGUGGAAUGACACUUUGCAUGUCCUGAAAAUUACGCUUUGGCAACCAUCUGCUUAUUGGUUAUAGAGCCUUGUUACCUAUGGAUAUCAGUAUGGACCAAAUGGAAAAUAUGAGCGUCACUGAUGAUAAUAAUUCAGAGGAACAGCAGAGCCAGUCAGAAGGGGCAGAGUCUAGUGUUAGGCCGUCCCUGACUCAGGUUAAAAAGUCCUGGGGCUUCAGGCGGACAACCAUUGCUAGAAGGGAGUUCUUGGAUGAAGUCGGAAACCUAACCCAUAGUCCCCCACUUGUACGCAGAGGCAGAAGUCGUCGAACCAACCAGACACCCCAGGCCACUCCAGAAACCUGCGCUACCCAGAGAGCUCCUUGUGCAACUAGGAGUGUUAUAGAUGACCUUGAGUGGUCUGCCCCUUCCUCACCUGUAUCAGAGGAGGGCAAGCCAGCUUCAGAAGCUUCUGCAGGAGGAAGCCUUGACCCCAGCUUAUGGCAAGAUUUUGGGUCUGCCUUCCACACUGCCUUCUCACUGCUCGGCGGGAAUGAGGGCUUGUCAAUGGAUAUGUCGGCUGCACUGGCAGUCCCUGACAUUUUAGAACCCACUGGUGCCAUCAAGGACCCUCCUCCACAGGCUAUAUAUGGAACUGAGGUGCCUGAUGAUAUAGAAUCUGCUGAUGACAUAGAGAUUUCACAGCCUGUUGCUCCUGACAAUGUGGCUGGAGGGGAAAUUGAUGAUGUUGUGUUGAUCUCUAGUCAAGAAGAGGACAGUGAUGAAAUGACUCUGAUGCAGAUUAAGGAGCAACUGGCAUCUAAAGGCAGGCAGAGAGACACGAGAGCUAGAGGGGGGAAAGGUGGAAGAGGAAAGGCCAGAGGAAGGGGGAGAGGCAGAGGAAAAGGUAGGGGAAAAGGCAGAGGAAGGGGCAGAGGAAGGGGCAGGGCAGUGGAGCUUCAGUCAAGCACUGCGGACGAUGAGGACAACGAUGAUGAAGUGAUGCUUGUUAAUCCAGCUGAACAGCAGCUGCAGCAGGAGAAAAAAGAAAACCAUCCACAAAGCCCUGCUGAAAUAGCGAUAUCACCUAUCACUCUGAGUCCUGAUCAGCAAUCAAGCUCAGACUACAUAAUCAUAGACACUGAUUUAGACCAGAUCACUGAUGUAACUCCUGGCCAGUAUGAUGAUGCACCAGAGGAGGAGGAGAAAAACGAUAAGAAUGUAGGAGAGUAUUCAGGCAUAUCGGACUCUGAGGGUUAUGACUCCAAUGCUCUGUACUGCAUCUGUCGACAAAAGCACAAUAAAAGGUUCAUGAUCUGCUGUGACAGUUGCCAGGAGUGGUUCCAUGGCAACUGUGUUGGUAUCAGUGAGACACAGGGCCGUAACAUGGAGACGAAAGGGCAAGAGUACAUCUGCCCUCCUUGCACUACAAAGAAGCAGAGCCAACUCCAACCUGAGCCUCGCCUUCAGCCAGAGCUUGAGCUUAGCUUUCCUGAAUGCUUGACACUAAGUCCUUCUGUUGAAGAAGCGGAGGUGCAUGAGGAGCAGCAAGCCCUCAAGGAGACUGUAGUGGUGGUGGAGGAGGAGGAGGCUCCUGUGUUGAGGCCAGAGCCUGAACCCAAAGCUGAGAUGGAGACGGACAGCGCUCUUUCUCUGUGCAUUGGACCCGGGUGCUCCAAACAAGCCCUACCAGACUCUGUUUACUGUGGCACUAUCUGCAUCCUUCAGCAUGCUGCCAUCACCAUGAAGACUCUUUCUGGCCCUAAGGUGCCCAAGUCCAGAGGGCGGACACAGAGAAAAGCUGCCACUGCCAGACCCACCGCAGAUGGUCAAGGGUCGGGUAGGAUGUCUAAGAGAUUAGCAGGAAAAGCUGAGGAGGAAGGUGAAGAGGAGGAGAUGAAGGAAGAUGAUGGAGGGCAGAAGGAGGCUGCAUCUCCCUUAGCCUGCGACCCCAGUCUCACAGAAGUUCAGGCCACUUCCAUACCAUCAUCUAAGUUUUACACAGCGUCCAAAGAGGACAGUAAACAGGUAGAGGCUGACAGUGAGGAUGUAACUCCUUCAAAACAAUCUCCAGAGGACACAUCUACAGAUGCUGCUCCCUCUUCCCAGUCUGCCACUGAGCUAGCCCCACCACAGAGCCACUCUCAAGAAAAAGCAAAGGAGCCAGUCAACAGUGGUGUGUCCAAGCAGCAAUCUGCAAAAUCAGAUACCCAUAUACCACCCAACCCAGCAAAACCUAGUCUGUCUCCAACCACACAAUCCCCAUCCACCUCAGCUCCCAGACAUCACGAAACAGGUGCCCUUAUGGUCACUAAGACCACAUACGUCAUACCAAAGAAGCAGUCUGGACCCCAGCCUCCGUCCAGCCACGUGUCAGCCUCAGCAUCAUGCCAGAAGCCUUCUUCAGCCCCCACACUGAUGAACGAAACCAGAAAUCUGCUGGUGCCACCUGCACCCAGUGCUCCCUCCUCCAGGCCCUCUCAGCCCAAUAACCAGGUCAGACAGAGCAUCCAGCGCUCCCUCACCAGCAUCCUCAUAAAAAGGGUGUGUGAUUGUGAGGACUUGGAGAUGUCUGAGAGUGAAGUUGCAAAGCUUGUCGCGAGCAUUGAGAUGGAGAUGUUUGACAUAUUUCGCAACACAGACAGCAAAUACAUGAACAAAUACAGAACCAUAAUGUUCAACCUGAAAGACCCAAGAAACAAGGGCUUGUUGUAUCGGGUUGUACAUGGAGAGAUCAGUCCCUUCAGACUGGUCAGGAUGAGCCAGAAGGAUAUGCAGGCUACCAAGGCAUCAGAGCCAAGUCCAAAAGAAACAGCAGAGGUCAAGGAUGCAGCUGCCAAAGCGACAAGUUUGCUGCAGAGGCCUGAAGCAGUGAAGGUUGAUUUGCCCAGUUUGAAUCCUGCUAGAGCCGAUAGAAGUAUGGAACACAAGAAAAGUCUUCCUGCUCCUGCUCUCAAGACCAGAACAAGCCAGCCAAGCCAGGGCAGUGCUGUACCAGAUAUUCUCGCCUGUAUGCUUAAGGACACAACAUCUGAGCACAAAGCUCACCUCUUUGACCUGAAAUGCAAGAUAUGCACAGGUCAAAGACUAGAAGGGGAUGAGGAGGAACCUGCAAAGAAAAAACCCAAGGGUUCUGAAACAAGAUAUAAAUAUGAACCCUCUUGGAGAAAGUCUGCAGGAGAUGACUCUCCUCUGCGAGCGCCACCUGACUCACCUGACAUGGAUUCUCCAACAUCAUCCCUAAUGGAUCCUUCAUCCCACCUUACCAUUGACUCUCCAAUAUUGACUAUAGUAGAAUCCCCUGCUUCCCCCAUAAUGGAUUCUCCAGCCUCCCCUACUUUAGAGUCUCCAGCUUCCCCUGUCAUGGAGUCCCCUGCGUCCCCAACUCCAGACAGUCCUAAAGCUACUACACGAAAGAGAGCAUACACACCAGUUGUGAUUCCAGCUGUCUCCACAGUAACCAUCACAAGGCGUGACCCCCGCACUGCGGCAAGCAGGUUACCUGCUUUGUCUAGUGGCACCUCUGGUCCCAGUAACACAACCCAUAACCAAUCAGCCACUUAUGCUCCUCUUAAAGAGACUAGAUCUGCCUCACCUUCAGCACCAGCCUCUUCACUACUACCAACGAAAACAUUACCUAAAUCUAUCUUAAUGAAGCCAUCUUCCACUGCAGAUCCCAGACUUUAUGGCACAUCCUCAAGGACUGUGAUAUCUGAAUCUCCAGCUGAUGGAGAGACUUCUCAGUUCAUAGCUAAACAAGACAUACUGUGGAAAGGCUUCCUAAACAUGCUCAGUGUAGCCAAGUUUGUCACCAAGGGAUAUCUGGUUUCAGGAUCUGCUGAAAAUCUUAAAGCGGAUCUACCUGAUACCAUACAAAUCGGAGGAAGAAUCAUGCCUCAAACAGUGUGGGACUAUGUUGCAAAACUAAAGACAUCUGUUACAAAGGAGUUGUGUGUGAUCCGGUUUCACCCUGCAACAGAGGAGGAAGAGGUGGCCUAUGUCUCCCUGUUUUCCUAUUUCAGCAGCAGAGGUCGUUUUGGUGUGGUCGCCAAUAACAGCCGUUCCAUCAAGGAUGUAUACCUUGUCCCACUCAGUGCAAAGGAGUCAAUCCCAUCCAUACUACAACCUCUUGAAGGACCAGGGCUUGAAAAAAACCGGCCCAAUCUUCUUCUGGGACUGGCAAUCAUUCAGAAGGCAAAACGUCCAGGAAGCUUGCCUCAGGAAAUUGAAGAGAAGAGACCCAAAGUUCAAAUGUCCAAAGACCCUAUGUGGAUCCCAAAACCUCCUGUUCUCUAUGGUUCUGACAAAUUGGAAAUAUUCCAACCCUACGAUCCAGAGACUCCUGCUAGCACCACCCCUCCUGGUUCACCAUCUUGCCCUGGGUCACCAUCAGAGUCUUCCUCUUCUGGCUCAGUUACCAUACCAUCUCUUUUGAUUUCCAUUAAAGCAAACCCUCCUGUUUCUGUCUCAGCUUCUGUUGCUGCCACUCAGUCCACCUCUAAUAAGAUGAAUCCCAUAACAGCAUCCAGUGAUAAGACACCGCUGCAGACUAUCUUGAAGACUUUGUUCCUCAAUAAGCAAACUGACUCUUCUGAUGGAAAUUCAACAACAUCAGCAGUUCGUGUUAAGAAGCUUCCAGUUUUUUCUCAGGUGUCUGGGUCAAUGGUGGAUCCAAUUGUCCAACAGUAUGGACAGAAAUCCAAAGUCAAAGAAAUAGAAGAAGAGGAAAAUGACUUUGACCGACCAUAUGACCCAGAAGAGGAGUAUGAUCCAGCAAAAGGAUAUGGAAUGGUUGCCCCACAGAGCAAAGAAAAAAUUAAGGCUGAUGGGCCUGCAGUAUCAGGCUUUGUAGAGGAUGAUGUGGCCUAUGAUCCAGAGGACGAGACUAUCUUCGCAGAUAUUCAAAGUGAUAUCACUGUAACAAAGCCCCCUGUUCCAACUCAAACAUCAGAUUCUCCAUCAUGCCCAACCCCAAUUUCCACCCAGGCCGUAACGCCAGCUCCCAUUUUCACUCCAGCGCAAAAUUCUACCCCAGCUGGAGUAACUGAGAACCUUCCUACAGGCACUGUGGUUGUCUCAGCUGCAACACUAACUGAACAACAGCGAAUGCUUGAGGAGCUCAAUAAGCAGAUUGAAGAGCAAAAACGGCAGUUGAAGGAGCAGGAAGAAGCACUACGUCAACAGAGAGAGGCUGUGGGUAUGUUCAUGGCUCACUUUUCUGUUUCUGAUUCCCUGAUGUCUCCCCCGCCAAAAUCUUUGCCUCUCAGCCAGCUGUCAUCUCUGCAGAGUGGAAUAAUUCAAACAGAGUCAAGGCCUUCAGAAUCAACAGACAAGACCAGCAGCCUUACAGAGACUGUGGACAGUUCAAAUGUGGAUUCACAAACUGUUAAGCUGGAAGACACAACUGCCACCCCUAAUUUAAAAAAUGAUACAGAUGCUGUUACAGAGCAAGAUGAAACCCAGGAAAAUGUUGAGGAAAGUAACAAUUAUUCAUCUGCUGGAGAGAUUGAAGACUCUGACGUAGCUUAUGAUCCUGAGGACGAAUCACUUUUUAAUGAAAUUCAAGAGGAUGUAUUUCAAGGAGUCAAUAUAAAGACUUGUGAUUUAUCUUUGUCUAGAACAGGGCGUAGUGCCAGCCGCAAGGGCACUCCUCCGAAUUCAUACCACAGCAGAAAACGAAGGUCGUCACCAAAAAGGCGGAGUCAUCGUGAAAGGGACCGCCAUAGAAGUCCUUCAAGAAGGUCACCUUCACAUUCUCAGAGACGUAGAGACAGACACAGAAGAAGUGAAAGGGAUAGGUCCAGGCAUAGAGCUAGAGCCCAGUCUGAACGCCAGGGUCACCAUCGUAAAGAGCAUUCCGCACGCCGACAUUCUCAUGGGCGUAGAAGAUCCCCAUCAUCCCCUCUCACCCUUUCACCAAAACAGCACAGAGGACCUCCCCCUCAAGUCCUUGAGAAAUCAAAGCAUGUAAGUGUUCCCUGUAAUGCUCCAGACUCAUCAGACACUGUUGUUGGACAAUUUAUAGAGAGUAACACAUCAUCAUGUACCUCGGUUACUGUUAAAAAUUACCCGGAUGGACAUCAGUUAAAAUGUAACCUUGUUGAGAGCCCUGAUAAAGACUUUUCUCCCUAUUCACAUGAACUUCUUCACAAUGUGAAGCUUGAGAUUUCAGAACCACCAAAAUCCCAGGAGCUUCAAAAAAAUUCAGUCAGUGAUCAUGACGACACUGGUAGUGGUUCUUCUACACAGGUGGAUAAACCCUCUCAACAGGAAAUUCUGCUUAAAAACAAAAUUGAAAGUACAGUUCCUUUAAGAGAAAUUGAUCCACCCAUUCGAGAUUCUCCUCAGAGCCCUGAUCCAGAGCCACAGUUUGUAAAACCUAGCUGCAUAGCAAAGAGUGACUCUGUAAAGAUUGAGGAAAUCAGCGAUCCUGAGACAUACACCAGUGUCUCAGUGCCACUUGUUAAAGUUGAAAAUAAUUAUCUGCCUAUUGGUGGUCAAGCAACAAUGUCCAAUAUACUGUGGUCUACUGUUGGAGGUCCAAUAUCAGAUGUUAGAAAUUGGGAAAGUCCAGACUUAAGGCAUCCAGAAACACUGGGUCAUGGGGGAGGACAUUCUAAUCUAGCCACAGGCUCAGAUAUUCAGGGCUCAGGACCUGAAAUAGACCCUAUGACAAAACAUCCAGGUGUGAGUGGUCCAGUUAUUAAGAAUACAGGACCAGAUAUGACAGAACCUGUAAAUAGUUCUAGUAUGCAAGGUGUGAACCCAGAAGUAAAAGGUCCAGGACCUGAUGUGAGACAGUGUGAACCAGAAACGAGAGGGAAAAUGCUUGUACCAGCGGUUACAAAUUCACAUAUGGGAGGAUCGGGCCUACAGAAUGAGAAGAGAGAUCCACUCAUGAAGGGCCCUUUGUCAGAUAGACCUGGGCCUGACAGGGGCUCAGGGUCAAUGGAGCUUUUUUUACCUAUGUAUCAUCCAAGUCCAGAUACAAAGGGGCCUAUAUUAGUUGAUGAGAGAAAAAGCAAAGAUGUCCGGUGUCUGCAGAAAGGUUUACUGUGUCUUAAGACAGAGGAGCAAACACAGUCAGAAAACCCAGGUGUGAUGGAAAUAGGGAGAGAUCAAUAUUUUGAGGGUCCACAGGUAGAGGGUAGGGCUCCAAAUAUUAUAGGAAGAGGUAGAGGCCGAAAAGAUACAGGUGAAAGUCCACAUACUUGGGGUAUGAGAUCUGCUAUGAGUGGUGGAGAUGUAAGAGAACCAAUUCGAGAUAUAAGGAGUCCAGGUCCAUCUUUUAGGGGCUCAGAAAGAGUUCAGAGGCAAUCAAGGCAUGAUGGUAGUCCAGUUUUAGAGGAAAGGGGCCCUUGGAAAAGGGGUUUUCAGCCAUAUGGAAGACAUGCAGAUUUGAGCAGGGUGGGUGGUAGUCGAGAAAGGAGUUUAGAUUCCAAUACAUCUACAGGUUCAGAUGGUAUAGAUCUAAGAGCAGAUAGACUAACUCCAGCAAUGACAGAUGAAAGGCGGGGCCCACGAAGAGGACGAGAUGUACCCAUGAGAGGACCAGGGCCAAACAUAAAUUAUGAAAGUGGUGGGUCAAACAUGUCCUGCAUUGGACAAGACAGUUGUGGGCCUAGAGAACAUUUCAAGGAACCACGGCCAGAUAUUAGGGUUGAAAGGAGUGUGCAUGUCCCUGACAUGAGAGAAUCAGAAACUCUGCAUGAAUUAAGAAGGCCAGAUACGACAGAAAGAAGUUAUAUGGGGCCUUGUCAAGAUAUGGGUACUGUUGGUGGUUCAGAUACAAGGGCUGAUAGAAGUGAGUCACAUGCAAGGAGUUCAGGUAGAGACAUUGGAGAAACAGGUCCAAAUAGGAGGGAUGCAGACAUGCAAGUAAGAAAUAUAGAGGGUCUAUGGCUAGAGAGGAGAAAUGAACAAAUGGCUCAAGAAGACACAGGUCCCAUGCCAAACAUUACAAAUCCAGAUUGGAGGGGUCCAGGACCAGGUCUUGUUGGUCCUGAUAUGAGGGGUCAGAGGAGUCAAAAUAAAGGCCUGGGUCCACAUAUGGGGGAUCCAGAUUGGAGUGGCCCAGGGUCAGACAUAAGAGAUGAUUGGAGAGGGCCAGAUAGGAGAGGAUCGGGUCCAGUUAGAGGAGAGUCAUUUAUGCAAGAUGAUUGGAGAGUCCAUCAGCCUGAUAGGAGAGGUCCAAACAUGGAAAGCCAGGGGCCUGACAAAAGAAGACCAAGGGGUCCGGAUUUCAUGGCACCAGGACCUUUAAAGAUAGGACCUGAUAUGGAGGUCCCAAUGCGUGACAGGAGAGGACCAGGAGGUCCAGAUUUCAUUGGACCAGGACUUGAAAGGAGAGGACCUGAAAUGGAGGUCCCAAUGCAUGACAGGAGAGGACCAGGAGGUCCAGAUUUCAUUGGACCAGGACUUGAAAGGAGAGGGCCUGAUAUGGAGGUCCCAAUGCAUGACAGGAGAGGACCAGGAGUUCCAGAUUUCUUUGGACCAGGACUUGAAAGAAGAGGACCUGAUGUGGAGGUCCCAAUGCAUGACAGGAGAGGACCAGGAGGUCCAGAUUUCAUGGGACCAGGACCUGAUAUGGUCGUCCCAAUGCAUGACAGGAGAGGACCAGGAGGUCCAGAUUUCAGGAGACCAGAGCCUGAAAGGAAAGGUCCAACUAAUGACAAUUUAGGACCUGGCAUGAGAGGACCAGGGGGUCCAGACUUUGUGGGACCAGGCCUUGAAAGGAGAGGUCUAGCUAUGGAGGGUCCUGGGCCUAACAGGAGAGGACCAGCAGGUCCAGAUUUCAGGGAAUCAUGGCCUGAAAGGAGAGGUCCUGAUAUGGUUGGUCCAGGGCCUGACAGGAGAGGACCAGGAGAUCAAGAUGUCUGGGGACCAGGGCCUGAAAGGAGAGGUCCAGCAAUAGAGGGUCCUGGGACUGACAGGCAAGGACCUGGAGGUCUAAAUUUCAGAGGCCCGGGACCUGAAAGGAGAGGUCCUGCUAUGGAGGGUCCUGGGACCGACAGGAGAGGUCCUGGAGGUCCGGAUUUCAGAGGACUAGGGCCUGAAAGUAAAGGCUUAUCUAUGGAGGCUCCAGGACCUGACAUAAGAGGACCAGGAGGUCCAGAUUUCAGAGGACCAGGGCCUAAGAGGAGAAGUUUAUCUAUCGAGCAUCAUGGGCUUGAUAGGAGAGGAUCUUUAUGUCCUGAUUUCAGAGGACCGGGACCUGGAAGGAGAAGUCCAGCUAUGGAGGCUCCAGGACCUGACAGAAGAGGACCAGGAGGUCCAGAUUUCAGUGUACCAGGGCCUGAAAACAAAGGCUUAUCUAUGGAGGCUCCAGGACCUGACAGAGGAAGACCAGGAGGUCCAGAUUUCAGAGAACCAGGGCCUGAGAGGAGAAGUUUAUCUAUGGAGCGUCAUGGGCUUGAUAAUAGAGGACCUGGAUGUCCAGAUUUCAGAGGACCAGGACCUGAAAGGAGAGGUCCUGCUAUGGGUGGUCCGGGACCUGACAGGAGAGAAUUGGGAGUUCCAGAUUUUAGUGGACCAGGACAUGAAAGGAGAGGUCGCUCUAUGGACAGUCAAGAGCCUGAUAUGAGAGGCCCAGGAGGUCCAAACUUCCAGGGACCGGGGCCUGAAAGGAGAGGUCUGGUCGUGGAUGGACCAGGGCCUGACAGGAGAGGACCAGGCGGUCCAGACUUAAGAGGGCCUGGGUGUGAAAGGAGAGUUCCCUCUAUGCAGGGUCAAGGGCCUGACAGGAGAGGAUCAGGAGAUCAAAACAGUGGUGGACUGGGUCCUGAUAGGAGAGGGCCAUAUAUAAGGGGCCCUGGGCCGUAUGUCAUAGGACUGGGGCCUGAAAGAACUGGUCCAGAAAGUGGACAUCCAAAUAUGGAAGGCCCAGAGCCUGACAGGAGAGGUCCAGACAUCAGGGGACCAAGGCUGGAAAGAUCAGGUUCUGGAAUGGAGGGUCCAGGGCCCAACAGGAGAGGGCCAGGAGGUCCAAAUAUGAGGAGACCAGGGCUUCAGCAUUCAGGUCCAAUCAUAGAGGGCCCAGGGCCUGACAGGAGUGGUCCAGAAGGUCCAAAUUUCAGAGGACCUGGGCCAGAUAGAAGACCUCCAGAUAUGAAGGGAACAGGCAACAGCAGGGGCUUUCCAGGAGGCCCACAGUUCAGGGGUCUUGAGCCAGAAAGAAGACCUCCAGAUAUGGAGGAUAUGGAGUCUGAUAGGAGAGGUCCACACUUCAGAGGAGUGAGGCCUGGAAGAACUGUUAUGGAGGGUCCAGGGCCCAAUAGGAAAGUUCCAAGAGGUCCAAAUUUUAGAGGGCCAAGUUGUGAAGAUAGAUAUCCACACAUUGAGGGCCUAGGGCCUGACAGACAAGAACCAGGAGGCUCAGGUUUCAGUGAACCUGGGCCUGAAAGGAGAGGUCCAGAUAUGGAGGGCCCAGGACCUGAUUGGAGAAGAUCAGGUGGUCCAGAUUUUAGAGGCCCAGGCAUCAGGCAGAAAGGUCCAAAUACAGAAGGUCUAAGAAAUAGAAGAGAUGACUGGGGAGGGGCUGACUUUGGAGGCUCAGAACCUAUCCAAGAAAGUCCAGAUAUAGAGGGCCCAGGACCUGAUAGAACAGGUCGAAACUUGAGGGGUCCAGGGCCUAUGAAGAGAAACACAAGAGGACCAGGGCCAGAUAUGAGCAGCCUAAAUCGGGGAGACAGAUGGAAAGGGCUAGACUUCAGGGGCUCUGCACCUGAUAGGAGAGGCACAGACACAGAGGAAUGUUGGUCAGAUGGGAGAGGGCCCAAUAUGGAGGCUGUAGGAAAUGAAAGCGAAUGUUCAGGAGAUGAUUGGAAGAGACAUGGCAACAAGGGUCCAGGGCCCAUCCAAGAAGGUUCAGAUGAGCAGGUUCAAGAACAUAGUAGGCAGGGUCCUUGUAUGGAAUGGAGAGGCCCUGGAAGGAGGGGGCCAAGGCCCAUACAAGAAAGACCAAAUAGGCAAUUUACAGGGCCUUUGAGAGGUCCAGGAGAUGAUUUUAGUGGUCCUGGUUGCAAUGGUCCAGGGCCAUUCAAGGAUGACCCAGAUAUUGUAUGCCCAGGGCCCGGUAGGGGAGGACCUGGAAAUGAAUGGAGAGAGCCUGAUAGAGGGGGUGCUGGGCCAAACAGAUGGGGGCCUGGACCAUUUUUCAGAGGAAAAAGAGAUCCAGACAAUAGAGGACAAGGCCAUGAUAGCAGAGGUCCAGGCAUGAGAGGACUAGGAUCAGAUGUGAGAGGGGAUCCAGAUAUGGGGAAUGACUGGAAGCAGCCAGACUUCAGCGGUAAUAUGAGAGGGCCAAACACGGAAGGACCUGGGGAUCAUAGGGGAGGUCCAGACUUCAUGAAUUCAUGCCCAAACAGGAGAGGUCUUGGAGGUCCAGAUUUAAGACGUCCAGGGCCUGAACACAGAAAUUCAAACAUUGAAGGUCCAGGGACUGAUGGGAGGUUUUCAGAUUGUGGGGGGCUAGGAUCUGAAAGGCGAGGCGUAGACAUGGACAGCCCUGGAACAGGUAGACAAGGAUUUGAGCAUGAUUUUAGGAGGGAAAGGAGAGGUCCAGACAUGAGAAGGCAAGGGCCUGAUAAAACAGAUGUGAGGGGGCCAGCACCUGAAAGUUCAGAUAUAAGACAUGGGCCUGGGAGGUGGGAUACAAACACUGAGGGGCCAGGAUUAGACUCCAGGGGAUCUGAGCCAGCAUCACCUAAUUUCAAUAGUCCUUAUCAGGUUACCAGAUUCCAAGGCCCUAGUGAUCCACAUUCUGCACCGUACAGUGGGCCCCUAGGUCCAGGUCAAAACAGUGGAGGAAACGCGUGCCCCGGUUUUGACAACCUACAAAAUCAGCAAGCAGUAAAACCCCAGAGACACAGAGCUGCCUUACUUCCCACUCCAACAGAAGGUCUCAUACGAUUCCCAAAUCGUAGGAUCAACAAUCCUGAUGUCUUUAGUCCGAAACGUAAACAAAUAGGUCACCCAACAGACAGGGACUGGAGUAGAGGUAGAUCAGUGAGUCGAGAAAGAGAGUUGGUCAAAGGGCAAAGACAGGAGCAGGAGAAAAGUCUUGCUGAUAAAACAAGCACACCUGUAGAUGCAGGCACAGGGGGUGGAGAAGAAAAAAAGGAAGAGGGCAAUGAAACUGAUAAGCAGGGGAUUCAUGGUGCGUGCGUAGAAACUAAAAACAAUCAAAGUAUGGACCAUGAUAGAAAUAAAAGUAAUGUCGAGCCAAGUUAGACAUUAAACAAAUCAUAACACAUGAGACAGGACAGUAAGGCUUAUGAACUACAAAAAUGCUUAGUAUCAUGACAUUGGAUAGAGAUGCUACAGCAUGACAGACAUCGAAUGUAUUUUUCUCAAGGAAAGUGGCUGUCUGUCUUAUUGAAAUUUUAACAUGACCUGCAGGCAAAGCCAUGCGAAAGAUCAAACGUUGUGGCUUGAUAUGGAAAUGCUCAGAGGUAUUUGAGUUCAGUAUGUUCUAGUGUCUUGUUGUAAUCAAAGUACAUGCGUUUAUUUUUGUUAUUUGAUUAUGCCUAAAUGCUUCUUAAACGUUAUUGAUCACUUGUAAAUUCAACUACUCGAUGUGCAUUUAUAGUUGGAAAUAGUCAGUAGUCAGUUUUGUACAGAAAAUGUACAGUUUUUGUUUCUUUGUUUUUUUAACAUGGCCAUAAGUGUCAGUACAGUAGCCUUGACCUGGCUUUUAUGUUCUUCUGCUGAUUAAAAAAAAUGCCUUGUUUCAUUGUUCUUUUAGAAUGCAAGACGUCAAUAAAAUGAAAAAUACCUUUUUAAA